AUGGGCAAUAUCAGGGUUGGGCUGAAGAUAAUACCUUCUGCCAACACUGAGGCUAAUAUUGUUAUUAUGGACUAUGUUCAGAACACAGCAGAGGAUAAUAAAAAUAAAAAUGUUGAUAAAAGCUAUCAUAGUUUCUCAAAUACUCGGAAUUAUUUUCCAGAGAUUACUCUGGAGAAGGAUUAUGUCCCCUUUGGAGACCCUGACCCAUACUGCUUCUUUCUCAGUUGGUCUGAAGUGGGAAAAUCGACGCAGUUUGGUAAAUAUCAACCCUUUGAUGGUCUCACAAGGUGAUCUUUACUAAACAAAGGCCACAUACUAUGGAAGAAGAGUGACCCCAAGGAGGGAAUCAAUAUAAAAAUGUGGCAUGAAGAGGUUCAUAACCUUAAUGACUGACAGAAUGACUGAGACUCAGAGUGAGAACACCUCUAUCUAGGCAUCUAUGCCUUUGAUAAAUGAUUCUCAUAUUCUGUAGUAGAAAGCAUCUGAUUUAAGGUAGAAGAGACCUCUGGAUCGAAUGACAUUCAGAACCAUGAGUGGAAAGUUAUCAAAGGAUGAUAUAGAAAUGGAGAAUAUACCAAGAUGGCGAAAGCAAUCCCAGGAGCUGAAUAUGACUUCUCAAAUGUUCCUAUAGAAGUCCGAGCAUAUGCUGAUCCAUUUGCAGGAGACACACAAGAAGAGGAUUUGGAAGCUAGAGAUCCCAGUCGAAAAUCAGGUGGAUUAUCAUUUCUAAAAUUCAUCGCCUGGCUAGUCUUCAUUGUAUUCUUAAUCGCAUUAAUUGCAUGGGGAGUGAUUAUGGCAAGCGAUUACUUUUCAGACUCUAUGAGAACUGAGGAAAAGAAAAAUCUUGUAAAAUCAAAAGCCCUGAAUAGAGAGACUGAGUAG